AUGUCUUCAAAAUUAUUUAAAUACAAAAAACAAGGAGAGAAUUUCAUACUUACUGUUAAGGAUUCUUAAGAACUUGCACAAUAAUUGAGAAAUGAACACACUCAACUUUCUAAGUAGAUUGCAGAUUUUGAAAUGAAAAAAUAAUUAGUUGAAGAUAAAUUAAGAGAAUUAUCAAUUAAGUUCAAUACAUUUUACUAAUAUAGUGAUUAACCUGAAGUACCCCAUAUGGUUUUUAAAAUGCCCAUUGAACCUAUCCAAGAAGAGUCAAAUACUAACUAACAAAUUUUUUAUCAAUUAAAUGACUACUAAUAAUAUAUACCAGAGAAGUAAGAACAUUAAAUAAAAACGAAAAGAGAACUUUUUGAAUAUUUUAGUUAUAAAACAGAUAUUUAAGAAAGUUUUGAUGAUCUCAAUGAUAUAACAAUCCUUAAGAAACUUUCUGAAUAAUUUGGAAUUAAAACAAAUAAUACAAAUAAAUUAAAAUAACAAUUAAAAAUUAUUUAAUCAUAUUUGUAAAAUUAAUCCUUUCCCUCAUCCUGGAAUUAAAUAUAUAAUUAGGAAUUAUUUGAAAAAUUAGAAAUUUGA